AUGGACGACCCAUUCUACCAGCCGUCUUGCAGUGGGUCAUGGACGGGUGGGAACUGCGUGACAGUCUUCAAGAGCCCCUAUGGCCACAUCCUGAGCCACUGGGGUCUCGUGGACAAGGGCUCCAUCCUAGACGUUUCCCUUGCUGUGUCAGGACUCCUGCUUUACUCCUGUUACUUCCUGGCCAUCUCUGUAAAGGUUCCAUUCCCCUUCCGGGAGCAGGCAUUUCUUGGAGUGGCAACAUCAGGCGCUUUCUUCUCCAUCUACCUGCUGUAUGUCAUCAAGUUCAUCUUGAAGGAGUUCUGCAUCGUGUGCUUCAGCUUCCACUGCUGCAACUUUGCCAUGCUGGCCUUGGCGAUUCUGGAGUACAGAGCACCAGAAGUAGGCAAGCGCGCCGCCAAGAAGGAGUGA